AAAUUGAUGUUGUAUACGCAUACAUACACGUAUAAAAUCUCUGUAUAUCUCUUCUGUAUCUCUCUCUCUCUCUCUCUCCAAGUCUCACAUAACCGUUGUCGUCAUCAUCGUCAUCCUCACGCUGUAAAGCUUUGUCCUUUAUAUCUCUCUUUCCCUCUCUCUCUGACACGAAAAAAUUGGGUUGGGAAACAGAGAGGGGAGGUGAGCAAUGGAGGUGGUGGGGCUCCCGGAAUUGCUUUAUUAGCUUGUCUCAGUUGAAACUUUUCAGGGGCUUUUGUCUUUGAAUUUCUUGUGGGGUUUUUACAAGAAAGUUGACAUCAAUGGCGGUGGAAUAUCAGUGUUGUGAAACUGGGUUUUUCAUUCAUAUAGUGGUGAUCGUUCUCUUGGUGGUGUUUGCUGGUAUGAUGUCUGGGCUCACCUUGGGCCUCAUGUCUCUCAGCCUUGUCGAUCUCGAAGUCUUGGCUAAGUCUGGUACGCCCAAGGACCGCAUAUAUGCAGCAAAGAUAUUACCAGUCGUCAAAAAUCAACAUUUACUGCUUUGCACACUACUAAUUUGCAAUGCAGCUGCCAUGGAGGCACUUCCUAUUUUUCUGGAUGGUCUCGUCACGGCCUGGGGUGCUAUUCUAAUCUCAGUUACAUUGAUUCUCCUGUUUGGUGAGAUUAUACCGCAAUCAAUUUGUUCUCGAUAUGGUUUGGCCAUUGGUGCUACAGUAGCCCCAGUUGUCCGAGUUCUUGUUUGGAUCUGCUUCCCAGUGGCAUAUCCAAUUAGCAAGCUUUUAGACUAUCUGCUGGGACAUCGACAUGUUGCUCUAUUUCGCAGGGCUGAGUUGAAAACACUUGUUGAUUUGCAUGGCAAUGAGGCUGGAAAAGGUGGAGAAUUGACACAUGAUGAGACAACGAUUAUUGCUGGAGCCCUCGAGCUCUCUGAGAAAACAGCCGGUGAUGCUAUGACACCUAUAUCUGAUACUUUUGCUAUUGACAUUAAUUCCAAGCUUGACCGGAAUUUGAUGAGUUUGAUAUUGGGAAAAGGCCACAGUAGAGUGCCUGUUUAUUACGAGGAACCUACGAACAUAAUUGGACUUGUACUGGUAAAAAAUUUGUUAACAAUUCACCCAGAAGAUGAGGUUCCUGUGAAGAAUGUCACUAUACGUCGGAUUCCAAGGGUCCCCGAAACUCUGCCAUUGUAUGACAUAUUGAACGAGUUUCAAAAAGGUCAUAGUCACAUGGCUGUUGUUGUAAGAAAUCGUAGCAAGAUCACAGAGGAAUCUCCUGGGAAACCUGCUGACCAUUCAGCAAAAGAUGUAAGUGUCGACAUUGAUUCCGAAAGGCCUCCUCUAGAGAAGGUGUUAAAGAGCAAGCGAUCGCUCCAGAAGUGGAAGAGCUUUCCCAACAGUGGAAAUAAUUCAUAUAGGAGUGGAUCUAGGAGCAAGAAGUGGGCAAAAGACAUGUACUCAGAUAUACUGGAAAUAGAUGGCAAUCCACUCCCUAAGCUUCCUGAAGAGGAAGAAGCUGUUGGCAUUAUAACAAUGGAGGAUGUCAUUGAAGAGCUCUUACAGGAGGAGAUCUUUGAUGAAACCGAUCAUCAUUUCGAGGACUCAUGACGUUGGCCUCUGAAUGAAUGUGAGUACAUAUUAUGACGAAAAACAGAAUUGUUGUAUUUGUUUUGGCCACUAGAGAGGUAGUCCGGAAUCGUACUUGAACUAUAUUGAUAGCCCUUUUGGGGGUUGAGAAGUGAAAACACAAAUACAUAUUAUAAACUCUAGUGCAGUUAUUAUCUAUAGUAAAGCUACCAAAGAAAACAAUCUUUCUAGGUAACAUGUAAGAAAGGAUUGUGUAGUGUAUUUCAGAGUGUUUUAGAGUGAAAUGUUUACUUAUGUUUCUUCUC